GGAAUAUUUUUAAUCUUACUAGACAAUCUUUAAUUUUAAUAAAAAUGAGUGUACUUCCUAAUUGUUAUGUCCGUUGCUAUAAAGCUUUAAGAAAAAAUCCAAAUUUUACCAAGAUAAUCCACCGGUCAUUUUACAAGAAUUUUAUACAGAACGAUGAUGAUACAUUUCUUAGUCGUUUAAAACACAUUUACAAAUCAAAACUCUUACCACUCGAAAAUAAAUAUUUGUUUCAUGAGUUUCAUUUGCCACCAUUAACAGAUCAAGAUUUUGAUGCAAAACCCAUGGUACUAUUUGUUGGUCAAUAUUCUACUGGCAAAACAUCAAUGAUAAAAUAUCUUAUUGAAAAAGACUAUCCUGGUAUUCGUAUAGGCCCAGAACCAACUACAGAUAAAUUUAUGGUGGUGAUGGGUGGUGAUAUUGAACAGUCUGUACCUGGUAAUGCUCUUGUAGCUGACCCGUCUAGACAUUUUUGUGACUUGUCACGAUUUGGAAAUAAGUUUUUAAAAAAACUUAACUGUGGAAUUGUGAAUGCUCCAUUAUUGAAAUCCAUUACAUUAGUUGAUACACCUGGUAUAUUAUCGGGGGAAAAACAAAGAGCUCAACGAGAUUAUAAUUUUAAUGACACAUUAAAUUGGUUUGCUGAGCGGUCAGACAUGAUAGUAUUGACUUUUGAUGCUAACAAAUUGGAUAUAUCAGAUGAAUUAAAAGCAGCCAUUGAUGUAUUAAAAGACCAUGAUAGCAAAUUAAGAAUUAUUUUAAACAAAGCAGAUACAAUUGAUGCAAGAGAAUUACUAAGAGUUCAUGGUGCACUCAUGUGGGCUCUUGGAAAAACAAUUAAUUGUCCUGAAGUUCCUAGAGUGUAUGUUGGUUCAUUUUGGGAUCAGCCUUAUAAAAAUGAUGUUAAUCGGAUUAUGUUUAACGAAGAAGAAAAUGAUUUAUUUCAAGAUAUGAAAUCUCUCCCACAUAAUUCAGUCAUAUCCAAAUUGAAUCAUAUUGGUAAGAGAGCAAACACAGCCAUUGUCCAUGCAUAUAUAAUGAGUGAGCUCAAAUCACGUUUACCACUAUUAUCAAGGAUUAUAAAUAAAACUAAUCGCCAAAACGAAUUAAUAAAUAAUUUGGAAGAUGUGUUUAYUGAYAUCCAAAAUAAGUACAAGAAUCUUAGUGUGGGUGAUUUUCCUGAAGUCGAAAACAUGAAGAAAAUAUUAAAAGGAAAAGAUUUUUCUUCUUUUAACUCCUUAGAUGAAAAAUUAAUUAAUCGUGCAACAAAUUUAAUGGAUGGAUUCAGUAUGGAAAUGACCAUGAAUGAAGUAGAAGUGCAAAGCAAUAUAAUUCCAAGUAAAAAUGAUGUUUCAACUCCUUUUAAUUCUAAAACUGAAGGAAUUGAUGAAGGCAAAUUUGACCAAAGAUGGAUUGUUGAUUAUUACAGGGAACCUUUUGACAAUAUUUUUAAUGAUCUGGAAACGAAUAAUGGGAAAGUAGUUCGCACGGGUAUGAAGAUGGUUUUAUAUUAACAUUAUAUUUUGAUUUGCAAAGCAUUAGUAUUCAC